AUGAAUGAGUUUCUUCUUUCCAGCAAAAUGCGGAUGAAUAUCAGACUGAAAAUCAUGGAUCAAACAGAUCACCGGUUCGAAGUAGAUGAUCAGACUUUGCUCUCGGAUUUUCGUCUGCAAGUCGCUGAACGUCUUCAUAUUCCUCCCGACCGUCAGCGAAUGAUUUUCGCAGGCCAUGUUUUGAAGAACGAAAACAGCACUUUAUCCGCAUGUGGUUUACGGGAUGGACACGUCGUGCACUUGGUGGAACGUCCAGCUGAUAUGUGCGUUCGUUUACUUUAG